AAACACAGUGAGACAGAGAGGCAGAGACAGAGAGCAGAGAGAGCACAGUAAAUCAGAGACACAGAGAGAAGAAAACAAGACAAAUCAAAGACUAAGUGCAGCUCAGCUGAGGACUUGACGAAUGCUCAUCCAGCUGGCUUAAGGUUGUCCUCACUCACUCGGCUGUGAGCAAGUGUCUGGGCAGAAUGGAUUUCAUUUUGGUCCGGCAGCCACCGAGCAGGAGCUCUGUAGAUUACUAUCACUCCUUUUGGAUUAUUUCAGACGCCGCUGCUGUUGUGAUGAAUGGGAAUGACAACAUGCACAAAGGAAGAUGAACCUUGAUUCUCUGGAAAGCUCGAUCCAGAACCUGCUGUCGGUGCUGUACCCGCCCUUUGAGGCCACCGCACCCACUCUUCUCAGCCAGCUCUUCCAAAUCAUUGAUGGUCGUUAUCAGGGUGAUGCCCUGCGGUGUCUGCUGGACUUCCUGGUCCCAGCCAAGCACAUCUUAGACACCGUGCAGCAGGCUGCAUGUGCUCAGUACUCUAAUGUACUUUUCCUGUGUGAGGGCUGGCCACUGUGUUUGCGUGACCAAGUUGUCGUCCACCUCGCUCCCAUCAACCCCCUGCUACUUCAGCCUGGCGACUUUUACCUCCAGGUGGCACCAUUCUGUGACCAAUCAGCUCGCAUCGUGGUCUGCAGUCUCCUGGAAGAGGAGGGACUUAUUGUGGAAGUAGUUGAGGAGACUCCAAUCCCUGAAACUUCUUAUCCCUGUAUAUUCAGCCUUGACUGGUUAGAAGAGAUCAACCAGGGCCGCCAUGGAACGCCUCUCAGCCAAUGCCUGCUCACCACUGAGCAGGGCGUGGUGAGGUUACCAUGGGAACGGGUGGCCGUGCCUGAUUUUGUGGACGUGCCACUGUGUGCCGGGAGUAGUAUGGCCUCUGCUCCUCCAUCUUAUCCUCCUUUACCGCCUCCGCUUCCUCAUCCUCCACCUCUUCCUCAUUUUCCUGAGAAGUCUUCUUCAAAUCCCUCAUUUCCUCUUUCUUCUUCAAAUGAAUCUGCACCAGCACAGUAUCCUGUAACCAUUCAAAAUUCUAUUUUAACAUCUUCUUCACGUCCCUCCGCCUUCUCUGUGGAGACCAGAAUAUGUCCGGCGAAGCACGGCAUUGCUGUGUCACUCUGCCUGGUGGAUACUAGUGCUGCCUCUUCCUCAUCUAGGCUGUUCAAAGUGAAAGAGAGUGAAACUGAGCCUAGGCCUAUUGGCUGGGUGUCCCCUAAUACGUGGGACAGCUGCCUCACUGGGACAGAGCCAAAUACAGCUGCAAAAAUAAGCACUGUCUCAGGUACAUGCACCCCUACGAGUGGAGAUAUAACUACACGCCAAGGUGAAGAUAAGGGUGUCAUUGUUUCUGAAAAUAUAGGGUCAGAUAAACAUAAAGAUACAAACAUUAAAAAUAUAAGCAGGAGAGAGCCAGCCGGCCACCCUGUUGCAGAAGGUGAAUAUAUUGAUAUUCUGCAGGCAACUAUGCUUUUUAGUAGAGCUCAGUCAGCAACUGAGGAACAGAAAUUAGAAGUGCAAAUGCAGCCACACGCACAAAUCGAACCACAAAUGCAAAAAUAUCCACACAGACGAGCACAAAUGCAACCAGAGUCGUACAGGCAAACACAGAGACAGCCAAACACACAGAUACCACCUCAAGCACAGUCACAAGCACAUGUGCAGUUACCUACAAAACCACAAACUCAAAAUCAUUCUAGAUCAGAGGCCGCUGUAUCAUUGAGGCACAGUGUGUCUGCAGAAACAGCUCUCCACCAUUCCCAGUCCCCUCACCUUCACCCUGACUCCUUGGAACCUUCUCAGUGUGUCCGGUUCUCAGAGAAACCCUGCACCCCGUGCAUGAGGCGAAGACAAGGUGGAAAGGCCUCCAGAGCUCAGGAGCUGAGGUGUCGAUACAGGGACUCCUACCAGGCUGCUAUACAAAACCCUGUCACCUUUGGACAGGAGAAGGAGAGGGGGAAUAUGUUAGCUGUGUUGGAGGAGGAUGGUGAUUUGUCUCAGUGUGGUGACAGACAGAGGCCACCAGAGACUAAUGUGCAAGAAAUGUGGUUUGAUCCUGUGGUACAACGCCAGCCUCCUUCCUUUGUCAGUGGCGCCAUCUGCAAGGAGUCAGGAGAGAAAUACGCUGUUCCAUAUUGGAAAACAGGAGAUACAAACAAUGCCCCCUGUAUGGAUUACAGGGGAACAAAUGUUUUGAAGUUUGGUGGGCAACCAGAACAAACACCUGAAAGGAUCAAUCUGCCAUUCAGGGAACCAAGGGAUGCACACUCUGCCCAAACUUAUGACAAUUUACAUCAUUUGAAUGGGGCAAAUUCAGCAGAUAGAAACACUGAUAGAACUUUGUCGAGUUACAAUGAUCAGUCAGUUGUCGUCUCUGCCAAACGCAGCGGAUUACCGUUUACUUCAGCUGAAAUUCCAGCAAUGAACACUACCUACAAGCCUCCUGAGAGGCUACAGAGCAGAACCAGUCCUGCGGGAGUGAGCCCAAACUUUCAUAAGUAUCUUCCAGCGCCACCAAACAGAAGGGAAUCCACGUCAGAUGGAAGAUGUUCAUCCCUCUCCACAGCUGUGGUGGACACCUCAGAGAAGUGUGCGCUGGUCAUUGUUGAGGGUCAAAAUGUUCGGCGAAGAGAAAACACUGGCUCCUGUGCAGAGAUUCCCCAGCUGCACGUGGUCAAAUGUAAAAACAGCACAGCCUUUGGACUAGUUUCACCCAAGAUCAACAGGAGGAAGAUGGUCACUCCAGACGCUGCUCAGCCUGGCAGUGCGUUGCUAACCAGUAGAAAUGGCCAUCAGGUGGGGAACCCCUCGCAGACAGAUCCACCUCCAGCAGCAGAGACGCAGAAGAUCUCCCAGCCUGCCUCUAAUCGUCCCAGACCUGACCACCUUCCCCUGGGAUCCCCAGACCCCAGAGCCCACCCGCUCUUCUUAGGAGUAGCAUCUCUAACAGGCGGCAGAGACAGGACAGGCAGGGCAAUAGUUGAGCUCUAUGGACACCACCAGGGAUGGAGAUCAGCUGUAACGAGCCAGGAGCUCUUCCAGAUGCUGCUCUACUUCUGCACUAUCACCAGGAGAGAAAUCAGAGAGGCUGGGAUGACGCUCAUUUUUGAUUCAAGGAAGACAAAUCCUCAGCCGCAGCUUUAUAAGGCCUUGAUGACGCUUCAGGAGCAGACUCCUCAGGCAGUGAACAGUUUCGUGCUGCUGGUGGACAAGGAGAGCAGCCUGCGACCAGAGAGGUGUCCCGGCAUUCAGACUGAAGUGGUGACAUCGAUGAAAGCCUUGUUGAAGCUGGUGGAGGUGAAUCAGCUGAGCUCCCGGCUGGACGGCACACUGUCUCACAGCCACUGUGACUGGAUAGAGCUGCACCAGAAGCUCUUCCCAUUUGUGUCUGAUCUUCACGAGGCGUCCAGCCUUCUUCUGAGAGCCAUCAGUAGGUUAGAGGAGCCCCAGAGGACAGACACUGUGCAGACAGUGCAGCAGUGCAUGGUGGACCAGAGGACGCUGAUGAGGAAUGUACUGGAGGACAGCCGAUUGGUCAACCUGCAGAGGGAGGGCGGGGCUAUCUUGGCGAGGCUGAGGAAGGAGAGUGACCUUAAAUACCCCCACUGUGAGGACCUUAGUCUUUUGCCCACAUGCAGUGACGCAGUGGACUCGGUGACCAGCCUGUACAAUCACGUGGAGGAGCAGGCUCAUGUCCUCGUGCAGAAGUCCAACACAUCACUGGAGCACCUGGAGUAUCUGCUGCAACUCAGAGAGGUGGAGGGACACUUCAUUCAGCUGCAACAGUGGUUUAAUGUAGAGGGAGAGCGCCACCUGCUGGAGGCUGAAUCAGUGGAGGACUCUGGAGACAGAAUGGAGCAGAUCCUCAACAGCUUCACUGGUUUCCUUAUUGAAGCUAAUGACCGAAGGCACCACGCCAUGACGUUGGUGUCAGAGGCAGAGCGACUCCAGCAGAGUGGCCUCUCCUACCCGGAGACAGAGACAUUUGGGACACUAGUCUGCAGCUUCAAGUCAGGCCUGGAGGACUUUCUGUGCAGGGCAGAGGCAUGCGGCAGGGAGCUGCAGAUCAUGGUCAACGUGUGUGAUUUUUGUGAACAGGCUACAGCUCUGGCCAGCGAAUGCACGGAGUACCUAGAUCAGAGUCAAUCCAGAAUCCACACAAAGCAAGACCAUGACCAGACUACAUCUGUCAGUCACACAAACACUGAGCCAAAACAACACCAAAACCAAGACUCUGGACCAAGCACUGCUUCCGCAUCUGAUAUCCGUGCAGCACAUGCCUCCGACGCAACCACCACCAGUGUUUUACUGUCAAGCAAUGACACCUCUGUCCUUCAGACUUUCCAGGACAGGUUCCUCCAGUUCAGCCCAGAGAGAUUUCAGGAGGUGAAGGCCCAGGCUGGCGCCCUGCGAGGCUCCAGGGGGAUGCAGGUUUGGAACGCAGCCUGGCUGAGAUGCCAGGAGGCGAGGCAGCAGCUUCAGGAGAGGAUGCAGGAUGUGGAGGACAUUUUCCACCAACAAUCAGAUCCUAGCAGCUGGUGUGAACAUCAUUAUGUUGAUGUGGGGAAUGUUCAGACACCGCCCCCCGGUGGCCAGAGUCUGGUGGUACAGUCAACACCCGGGCCCCGGCACCCGCAGUGGGAGGGCAUUGUGUCGCGAGCGGUGGAUUUAGGGAAGAGAAGGCCAAUCCUGGGCACUAAUAACACUAACUCAACAACUGUAGCCUGCUGUAACAUCAUUGUCAAACCUGAGGAUCACAGUGAUGCUGGAACCAGCCAGGGGUCAAAGGUCAAUCCACCGUCACCUCACAGGUCAGCAAGGAGAACAGAAAGAGAGACGAGGAGGAGACACACAAGCAGAGCGAGGAGUGAGAGAGACGCCGCUGCUCUGUCUCAGUCCCACACCGUCGGCUGCCAGUGGUUUCCAUGGGGACGAGGUCUCGGAAUGAGGUCGGUGAGCCAGGACUCGUGCGCUACAGGAGUAGCGACGGCGGGGUCAUCCACUCCUCCAGAGCAGCGGGUGCGAUCCCCGUCCUCCUGCUCCCACCACGGUCAGCCAUCGUGUCGGAUCCUCCAGGAGGCUCAGAAGUUCCAGAUCUCCCGCCACGGGAGCUUCUGCUCAGAGGACUCCUGUAUGAGUGACCGGGGCGCUGCAGGGGGUAACGGGACUUUAUGCUGCAAACACUCCAGCCUGCCCAUCGGGAGAUAUGAGGGGGCGUUUUGUUUGGCAAGUCCACAGGAGAGUGCCAGCAAUGCCCUGAGGCUGCAGCGUGUCCUGGAGGAGCUGGUGUUGACAGAGAGGGAGUACGUCCGCUCAUUGGGCUACAUCCUGACCCACUACCUCCCCCUGCUGGACAGACCAGACAUCCCCCAGGAUCUCAGAGGCAAGCGAGGUGUCAUCUUCGGCAACCUGGAGAAGCUUUACGACUUCCACAGCCACUACUUCCUGCCAGAGCUGGAGGCCUGCCAGAGGGAGCCCGCCAUGGUGGCCCGCUGCUUUCUUAGACAUAGUGAGAAUUUUGGUUUGUACGCUCUGUACAGCAAGAACAAACCUCUGUCAGAUGCCCUGAUCCUGCACCGCCGCCAUGACAUUUUCAAGAAGAAGCAGCAGGAGCUGGGGGACAUGAUGGACCUUUCAUCCUACCUGCUGAGACCCAUCCAGAGGAUCAGCAAGUACAGCCUCCUGCUGCAGGACAUGCUGGCUCUGGCUGGCUCUUACAGGCCAAAAGACAUGAUCCAGGAUACGCUGCUCGCAUCUAGUGUUUGUGCACAAAGUGUGUGUGGCCCGGGUUCGUAUGUGCCUGAUCUGACAAGCAGUGAGAGGGAGCGGGAGAGGGCGGAGAUCCAAGCUGCUGCAGACCUGGUUCGGUUUCAGAUGCGCCACGGCAACGAUUUGCUCACCAUGGACGCCAUCCAGGAGUGUGAUGUGAAUUUAAAAGAGCAGGGCCAGCUGAUUCGCCAGGACGAGUUCACUGUUUUCUUCAGGAAGAAGAAAUGUAUCCGUCGCAUCUUUCUCUUUGAAGAUCUCAUCCUCUUCAGCAAGACUAAGAAGACAGAUAUUGGCAAUGAUGUUUAUGUCUACAAGCAGUCAUUCAAGACAAGCGACAUCGGGAUGACCCACAACUCAAGUGUAAGCAGCUUGUGUUUUGAGAUCUGGUUCCGCAGGAGAAAAAGUGAGGACACCUACACCUUGAAGGCCUCCAGCAUGGAGGUGAAGAAAGCCUGGACCACCGACCUGGAGAGGAUUCUGUGGGAUCAGGCCACUCACAGCAGAGAGUUGCGUAUGCAGGAGAGGGUGUUCAUGGGAAUGGGCCGUAAACCUUUCCUGGAUAUUCAGCCCAGUGAUGCUGCCAUCUGUGACCGAGCCAUCAGCUGCACCCUGCCUGGGAGAAUCCCUGUGGCGUGUUGUUCACACAGGGGCUUAGAGUACCCACGACCACACUCCAUUGGCUCUGGCAGCACCGCCUCCACCACCCUCAGCCAGUCGUCUUCCUCCUCUGGCCGGGGCUCGCUGCCCCCUGCUGGUUAUCUCGGGAACCAGUCACAGGGUUUGGAGAUGGGUCCCGCCGUCUGCUCCUCCCCUGAGGCUGUGACUGAAAAUGAACUCAACCAUCAUCAUCUUCAUCAGCAUCAUCUUCAUCGUAACUGUGAACAAUGGAAAAGUCAUCAUCUGCUGAUGGACAGCACUGACAGCACUUCUGGAGAACGCAUCAACCUCUUCAGCAGCUCAGACCGCAGCUGCCUGUCCGCCAUUAGUGGAGAGCUAGUGGAUGACUCCUCCUCGAUUGUAUCCCAGACUUCAAAAUCCCGCCAACCACUUAAUCGGACCCCCAGCCUGAGGAGAAACAGCUCACCAGCGCUUACUAGAAAGAAACCAGGUGUCACCCCCAAACCUCCACAUCUGGCUAAUGCUCAGGUACAGGGUGAUGACAUUAUAAUCGGAAAAUCAACAGAAGUUUAGUCCUGGAUUCCCUGCAGAAGAUCAUUGGCCCAUCAGCAUUGGAGAUCUUGUGGCCGCCCUGCAGACGGACGGUUUAUCUGAGUGAACAAAGUUAUUUUACGUGGCUACACAGUCACAAGGCAGUCUGCUGUGCCUGGUCGCGAGGUUUCAUUUUUAAUGAUUUAUUGAAGCAAUUGAGGUUUAGUGAUUUGGUCUCAUGUGUCAGUCAUUCAAAUGUGGUUGUCCUAUAUCACAUGUAGACUAAUAACAAGAAUUCAAGAAAACAGAAGAGGCUGCUACAUGGAUGAUGUGGUGGGCAGAGUCAUCAUAGAGUGAGAGACUCACACACUAUUUUGUGGGAUCUUCUGUAAUGUACAGCCUGUACAAUUAUUAAUAUGCAGGGAUCAAUGAUAAGAAGGUUGUAUUUAUUAUCUUAACAGAAAUCAACAGCUUGUGUGGAUCAAACACACAGGACCAGCAUCACCACACAUGUGGGGAACCACUUCAAGUGUACUGCUCUGUUUUUCAUGCUCCUUUUCGCUUGUUAACAGGCAGAGCAUUGCUUCAGAGACAGUUGUGUAUAUCAUUAUUGACAGCUUGACAGCAUUGUUUUGGUUACAAGAUCACAAGGGAAACUUAACAGAGUCCAACAGUACAGAGCUACCCACUGGCCUUAAGCCCAGAACUAGCUGAAGAUCCAAACUUAACGUUGAAGACCAUAAAUGGAGAAGCGCAUGGAUACAUGCGACGAUACGGGGGAGUAAAAUUAUCUGAAGAUGUUCUGAUUAUUAUAAAAGUAAUAAUAUAUGUAAAUAUUUCUUUUUCUCUUAAUCUUGAAGGUUUUACUGUUUAUUUCUUUUGGUCCAUUUUUAUACUGCUGCUGCUGUCUGUCUAAACACAUCAUUCUUACAGUAGUCCUGUAUUUAAUCAUUUAUCAGAAGGAACAGACCACUCAUGCGUUGUCACAUCUGGAUUUGAAGUGCUCUGUAACCCGUGCCUUUAAUACAGAGAGAAAGGAUCCUGAAAGACUAUCUACAUCAGCGGUUCCUAACUGGUGGGUUGCAGUGCUGAUUCCUGAUGUAGAGUGAUCGACUAAUGGACAGCUACCUGUGGCUGCACCAGUUGGGAACCACUGGUCGACAUGAUUGUGAUCACACAACUGCUGCAAUACUAACAGACAAAGUAUAUGACUACAAGCUCCCAGGCAAAAACCACUUACUGUUAUUAAGGGUCCACUAAUGGUUUCUUACUGAUCAAUGUUCCAGCUACACCUUCACGAAAAUGACCAUUACAAAAAAAGUUUGUUUCUGUCAGUUUAUUUUUGUUUUCUUAAUAGUUUAUUGAUGAGAAAUGAUAUUCUUUUGUAAGGUCUGUGGUUUUUAAAUGUACAGUAUACAAAUCAUGACAGGAUCUUAGAAAAAAAUGAGGUCAUAAUGUCGACCUCUGUUAAUUUUAUUUUAAAGCCACUAACUUUUAAUGACAUGACAGAUCUGUGGUUUUU